CGGAAAAGUUAGAUAAUGACAUUGACUUCUUUAUACUGUGAAUUUAGUGAAUAGCCUACUGUUAUAAACACUACCACCAUGGAUGGUAUAGUUUUCUUUCUUUUAGGGGGCUUAUUGUCAUUAGCUUGCUUAGUGGAAACACGCCAAGAAGCAUCGAGGGAUCACACUUGUGCAGACACCAGUUAUAGCUGUAACUAUUGGGCUAGCAACGGGUUUUGUCACACCUAUCAAAGCGUGAAGCACCAAUGUCGUCUGUCAUGUAAAUUGUGUUCUUCGACAAGCGCUUCUUCUACCACGAGCUUCGUUGAGAGUUAUGACUGCCUUCAAAACAGGCAUUAUAACCACCUGAAAAGCUUAAUUGGAAACAGCUGUUCAUCUAUGGAUGAACAAUGGUAUUACCUUUACCACUUGGUGAGUUCAUCCGUUCUUUCACACUGCGCCAAAGACGCUGCCAGAUAUCUGAGAGAUUACUACAGACACCAUGCUCCGAGAUCUGACUGUUCCUGUGUUAUACAGAACGCCUCGCUUACACACUCAGUAAUUUCUAACACAUUUCUGCAGUGCAUGAGCUCGGAUGAGAAUUAUAGAGAUAUUUACGACACGACCUUCUAUGACAGCCAGAGCACGCAUCAUGUGCGCAUGUGUCUACGCCAUGCUGAAGAAUGGGGAAAACUGGCAGAAAUAGCAGACAACAGUUGUUUUGUGGAUUUGGUUCAACAUUUUGGGAGAAAACUCUUUGUGAAUCAUGACGAAAGGUGUUCGUGUCAAACGACAAACGGAGGAAGCGGACAAACCACGCAAGUACCACAUCAUCAGACCUCAGGCGAUGAGUGUAUGCAGUAUUCACAAUACCAGUAUCUCGACAAUCUACUUGCACACGACACCUGUAUUAGUCAUUAUGAAGUGUGGGGCUAUCUCGAUCAGCUGACUUCAUACAGUCCUUCGUGCCGGAUAAAAGUUAUAAACAGAUUACAGAAUGCAUAUGGACAUUAUACACAAACACCUUCCAAUUGCACUUGUGGUACCAAUUUUGAUCACCUUAAGAUGGUCCAUGACUCGCACGGACACUGGCCAUAUUGUUCCAACGAAUCGCAUUAUAAUGGCCUAACGUCGAAGUUGAUUUCCUCGGAUAAUCAAGUGUGUUCGUCUCAUCAUAUCGUGUGGCAGGACUUGGCGCAGAUACCACAUUACACCAAUAGCAACUAUCACUUCUGUCAAAAAGACGCAAUCUCACAUUUAGCAGAUUCAGUUGCACAAGUCCAAAACCUAUGCAGAUGUGUUCCAGUCAGUGAUGUAACAACUACAUUACCUCAAACAGUGACACCAAGUAUUGCUCCUACUUCACCAGAUAUCAAAAUGUGCAGUACUACCGCCUUGACCGUUGGCCUUGUAUAUGGUGAUGUUUUAAAAGAAGGAAACUUCACCUGCAGUGAUGGAAGCCAUGCCCUUUCUGAAGCUGCACCAAUGAGAUUGUGCAACGCCACAGACUCUUCCACGUGGAUCAAAGGUCAACAGGUGACUUCCCACUGUGACAGUAUACCACUGUACUCCGCCAUCGCGUCGUUCGCCGGUCCUGUGUACACUCAUGAUGGUCUAGCCGGGGUGUUCCUUGGAUGCAACAGUACACAUGUUUCUAUAGCCUCCGAAGAUUGUACACAUGGACUGUCCGUGUUUUCCAUUCCUCGGGACAGCAGAGAUAGUUAUGUCCAUUCCGCCGUUAACUACUUCACUCUAACAUGGUAAUAGGAUCUUUCAAGAACUAACUGCCUCCCUUGUCAUGCUGCCUGGAUUUUAUAAACUUAAUAUAAAGACUUGGUGACAUGCUUUAAGAUGGAUUAUCCGAGUAUUCCCAUAUUUGCAAUUUGGAAAGCUGUGUCUGAAUAUCUAAAAUGUGAUUGCGUAUAUAUAUUAAACAAACUGGG